GGCCCUUCCGGUCGGCGGAGCCUGGCGGCCCGAGCGGCGGCGGCAGCCGAGACGCGGGGAUGGCGGGCGCCGGGGGCGAAGCCCGGUUCGCGGGGCUGUCGCUGGUGCAGCUGAACGACCUGCUGGAGGACGAGGGGCAGCUGGCGGAGAUGGUGCAGAAGAUGGAGGAGACCCAGAACGUUCAGCUGAACAAAGAAAUGACGCUGGCCAGCAACCGGAGCCUGGCCGAGGGGAACCUCCUGUUCCAGCCCCGGCUGGACGCGCUGAAGGCCAGGCUGACCCAGAAGUACCAGGAGCUGCAGGCGCUCUUCGAAGCCUAUCAGAUGAAGAAGACCAAAUUAGACAGCCAGCCCAGCAGCGCGUCCCUGGAGACCCUGCUCGCGCUCCUCCAGGCCGAGGGAGCCAAGAUCGAGGAAGACACCGAGAACAUGGCGGAGAAGUUUCUUGAUGGAGAGCUUCCACUGGACUCCUUCAUUGACGUCUACCAGAGCCAGCGGAAACUGGCCCACGUGCGGAGAGUCAAGAUCGAGAAGCUCCAGGAGAUGGUGCUGAAGGGGCAGAGACUCCCGCAGGCCCCCGCCCCGCGGCCGCCCAGGGCGCCCGAGCCAGUGCCCGCCGCCCCCCUGCCCUACCCCGCCCCGGAGGCCAGCGGGGCGCCCUCCGUGCUGCCGCGGCGCAUCCCGCCCCCGGUGCCUGCAGGACGCUUCGCCACGCCGCUCGCUGUGGCCGUGGGCUCGGCCCAGGCCUCCCUGUGCCCAGGACCGCUGGGCCCCCCCGUGCCGCCCCGCGUGAGCCUCUCCCCACAGCAAGGGCUCUCCGCGCAGUUCGUGUCGCCAUACCCGCCGCCGCUGCCCCAGAGGCCCCCGCCCCGGCUGCCUCACCAGCCGGGCUUCAUCCUGCAGUGAGGGCCCGCCUGUCCGGGGACUCCCGCCCGCCUGCCGCCCGUGGCCGCCCCGCGCGGGGGCUGCAUGGCCCGGCGGCCUCUGCGCCCGCAGCACCCAAGGCCGGCGGCGAGGGGCAUGGGGCCCCAGUUUGUGCACCGGCCUCAGCCAGGCCCUGACCUCGAGCCGGGGUGCGGCCUCCGUGUGGUGUCUGAGUCUCGUGGUGGUGAACGCAUGAGUCUGGGGGAGGCCCCCCCCGGGGCAGCUUCCCUGAGGAAGCACGGUUCCUCGUUUCCGCUUUAUUUCCAAGACAGUUGUGUCCCAGCAAAUCACAGCCCCGAAGGUGCUCACUGAGUCUGUGCGGGGCGGGCCCCUCCCCCAGACCUGGAUCCUUCAAAGCCACACACAGGGUUUGCCCUCAGCCCGCGGCCGUGUCCAGGGCCGGGCCUGUGGGGCGGGCCGAGCCGGACCUUGCGCAGCAGCUCUGUCCGCAGCCCCCGCAGCCUCAGCCGGCCCGGGUUUCUGUGAAGUGCUCCGAUAUUUUUACUAUGUGGGUGAUUUUCCUGUUUUAUAUUGGGGAAAGAAAACUUUUUUGACACAAGACCAUUCAGGGAAACUUUAUAAAAACGCACAUAUUGUUUUGAGCAGAUCAAAGUGCAGGUGACGGGAAUGCAAGCAGUGCGUGGGCCCCCCCCCCGACCUGCAGGCCCAGGGCGUGUGCCUUAGCUUCCCCUGGUGCCAGUGAAGGGCCCCCAGCCUGGGGGUGCGUCACCAGCUGCCGCCGCUCCAGCAACUCUGGCUCUGCGUUCGGCAAGGGCUCGUGGCCCGGGCUGCGUUGCAGGGGGAAGGAAAGCCACCGCCCCGAACCUGGAAUCUCCUCCCAGCCAGCGCUCUUGCCCAUGGCCGGCCUGCAGGUACUGGUGGGGCAGGGACUCGGCGGGGGCAAGCUGGCCCCACGGAGCAGGGGGCACCGCCCUUCCUGCCCCCCGGAUUCUCGUCUAGAGUGCCAUGUCUAGAGGUGCCACACGUGCUGAAUUCUUGGGCGGGGUCGCCACCUGCUGUUGACCAACAGGCUGGUGCUCAACUGGAGCUCCAGGCCCUGGCCCAGGACCACCUGCCCUGAGGCGACAGAGCUGAGACAGAGCUCCAACAGCCUGUCCCCACGGGCGGCGGGCAAGGCCACCGGCCUCCGUGCCCCAUUUCCACCUGCCUCUGCCCCUGGACUUGAGCUCCACUGUGUUGUGGCCAUUUGGAAAGAGAACAAAGCCGGAUAGGACAGCAUACUGCCAUGCCCAUCGGGCCUGCACAUUCUGUGACUCCAGGGCAGUGCCACCGACCCGAUACCUCUGCCGCCCGCACAGGGCGCAGCCCGGCGGGGCGGACGUGGGCAAGGGGCCGGCCCCGCCCUCCCCAGGGCCACGUUCGACUGCGGCUAUAAUGCUGUAGGACCCUUUUUAAU